AGGCAGGUAGAGGACGGGGCAUUAGAGUUUUCUCUCUAGCAUUAUUGGGAUAGCUGUGGGGCAGGACUGAGUUUUGAAGGGACGUAGAGGGAACUGCCUUUGCCGCUUGGCUGAGGGACUGUGAGCUUCGGCAGUUUUUCUUUCCCCCAGUCUCAUUCAGGAAAGAGGAACAGCUUCAUCCUGUACGUGCCUACUCGGUAGUCAGUCCCAUAGAGUUCAGUAGUGUUUACUCCCAGGUCCAAAUGAUUUGUUUUCACGUUCUGUUGCCUUGGAUCUUAGACAAUCUGAAUUCACUUUGACAUUGAUGAAUGAAUAGUUAAGAAAAAUGUGGAGUGGUCUGUUACCUCCUGGUGUGAAUGAAAAUGAUGUUGACACGAGUUCUGAUGAUGAAGAAACAUGGGGUGGGCCUGGGCCUAUCUUAAAGGAGGAAAGAGAACAAAAGGAUCCAAAAGGCAUUCCGUCUUCUGGCUCUGAGACACAGGAACCUGAAAGCAAACCUGCUUUGGCAGCAGUGGCAGAUAAAGGACAAGAAUUCCAAGCAUGUCCUCCUGGAGUUUCUUUAGAUUUGUGGAAGAAAUUUCAGAGCCUGCAAAAGAAAAACUUUGAAAUCAAAAACCAAGUUAAUCAGAGAGACGCGGGACAAAAGAGAAAGCGUUCCAGAAAAGCUAAAUCAAAAAAGAAAAAUGAAGAAGUAACUGAAAGCCAACAAUCCAUAAAGGAAAGUCAGUUGAAAGAGCUUACUCAGUAUUUUGGAAUCAAUGAUAGGUUUAAAUCACUUUCAAGCAAGGAAGCCCCUCCAAAGUCUGGCCUUGAAAUCAGCAUAGACAGAUCUUUGACCAAAGGAGAUAUUGCACAAGCGGAGGAGCUAAGUGAUAGAUUAGCUACUCGAGAGCUUGGUGUGGAAAUUGCCAAAGCUGUUGCUUGUCGGAAUUUUGUGAAAGCAAAGCAAGAUGCAGAUGCUUCUCAAGAAGCCCGGAAGAGAAAGAAGCUUGCAUGGGGAUUUGAAGCCAAGAAAAGAUGGGAAACAAAAAGCAACAUGGGAUACAUGUAGUUAGUUGCAUCUUGGCAGGGGGGAAACAUUUUGAAGUUGGGGGGAAAUGUUUGUUAAUAUUGAAGAUACAUAAAUUAUGUUUUUUGUUGGUUUUUAUUUGCAUUAGUUAUGUAGCUGAGGGAAUCGCGUGGAGCAAUCUAGGUUUCCAUUCCAUACUUUUAAGUAUCCCUGAUAUGUCUCAGAUAUUAUAUCUUCAGCCCUGGAAAUGUUUCCACUUUAUUUCCUUUCAUAUAUCCUAAAUAUUUAAACCUCUUGCUUGUUGUGUGACUAUUAAAAUAUAAUCUGGAAACUAACUGUGCAUGAAUUUAUUCAAUUAUUUAUUAGUAUCAAAAGAAAUUUUAUUUGAAACAAAAUAGUGUUUGGAAAGCCUGUGUUUUUACAUAAUAAUGAGACCAGGCAAUUAUAAUAUUCACCUAAAACAAAACUACAAGUAAAUCAGCAAUAACUUUUCCACUGAAGCUCCUUCAAAUGUCUGUCACCUGUAUGAGAGUUAAAGUGGUAAAUUUCAUUUACUAUUAAGCAUGAUUGAAAUGUUACUUUAAUGGUGAUUUAUUGUAUUUCAGUACUUUGGGUUAAAACAUGGUGCCAAGAAAUAGUAAUCUGAAGGUAUAUGACAAGUCUGAAGUUUUCCAUUCUAAUACGGAAUAGUUCAUUCUUGUUUGAUAGCCCUGAGGAUGUUUGAUUUCCCCCAUCUCUCAUGGAACACUAUAUUUCACAAGAUGAGAGUUUGCAAUACAGUAAGCUAGAGUCAACUAUAAUUAAUUAUAUUGACAGUUAAAUACACAGCAGAGUCUGCAAAUCACUGGCAAAACAGGUUUGUACCACAGAGCCCCAUAAAUCUGCUAAGUCUUUAUUCUACAAUUGGGGACUAUUUGGGGAGGGGGCUUUGUGUAGUGAAAAGGGAAGCAAGUAUUGUCUAGCCUCAUUAUGUCUCUACAAGUAUAUAUUUUGCUAUCAAAAACAGUGGGCCUAUUAAUUGUCCCAUUUGGGCUAAUAAUGCGUUAUCCAAGUAGGUGUUAGUAAAUCACCACAUACUUAGGCAUAUCAUGUGAAGGAUUUCAUGUUAUCUUUGUUCUCCCCAUAUGAAACAUCUUUAACUAAAUUUUGACAGCCACUAUUCAAAAAUAAUAUUGCCAGCCGACAAGGACUUAGUCUUUUAAAAUUUCUAAACCAUCCUUUUUUUCUUGCCCUGGUUUUCCAAGGUACAGUCCUGCAAAGAUUGCACGCUUGUAUGUAUGUAGAGAAGGAUUUAUGGGUGUUUGAAAAGAGUAAGGAGCACAAGCAGCAUACUAACAAAGCAAGUAGAGUACUUGACCAUAUGAGGCAGUUGUAUGUGUAGGUAGGGUAGGCUAGUAGCAGCAACAAUGAGCCAAAAUAGAAUUAUUUCCAUAAGGCCAAGAGGCAGACUUUAAUAUGCAUGAACAAUCCUACGCACACAACAACAACAACAAAACUUGGCAAGAGCUCUAUUUAAUUGCCAGUUUCUAAUAUCAGUGUGCAUUGUGGGCUAUGACAUCAUUGAGUCUUUAAAAAUAAUUUCAUUCAAUUACUUAGACUGUUGAAACAUAAUGGGAAAUUCAAGAUGUGCAUUGACUUCUGAAUGAAAUGAAA